CGGCGUGCUGCAACUAUGGCACUAUUCCACGUAGCGCGGUACGCAGGCCCGGAGGCUUCCGGACUGGGGGAUGCAGAGGUAGAGGCGGGUAGCCGGGCACGAGUGCUGCUCGAGCGGCUGCAAAGCCGAGCCCGUGAGCGGCAGCAGCAGGAACCGAAGCCUGAACCCGCCGGGGAGGCCGCGGAAGCGGCAGGUAAACGGCGUCGACGGCCCCGGCGGCGGCGUGGCUGCUCUGUGGCUCAGAGCCCGGAGGCUCCUAGGGCGAAGCGGCAGAAAGCGGACUACAGUGUGCAUGCAGGGAGAGGCGAAGAGUCGCCUGGAGAGCUCAACACCGACUUAGAGGACUCAGGUGAGAAGCCCCCAGAGGAGGCCCCGAGACCCCCGGCUCCAGGGCCUGUGCUGGGGGACUUUGCAAGAAGGAAGACACUGAAGGUCCAGCCUUUCCUGCCAGCAUGGCUGGCAAAGCCAAGCUGUGUCAAGAAGAGCGUCACUGAGGAUCUUACUCCUAUCGAAGACAUCCAUGAGGUUCACCCUGACUUGCAGAAGCAGCUGAGGGCUAAUGGCAUCUCUUCCUACUUUCCAGUCCAGGCAGCUGUGAUUCCUGCCCUCUUGGAAAGUGCAGAUAGUGGGUUUCUAGUAGGCAGAGGUGGAUACCAACCUAGUGACCUCUGUGUGUCUGCCCCAACGGGCAGUGGGAAAACCCUGGCAUUUGUUGUCCCUGUGGUACAAGCCCUGCUGCAUCGAGUGGUCUGCCACAUUCGUGCACUGGUUGUGCUUCCUACUAAGGAGCUGGCCCAACAGGUGAGCAAAGUAUUCAACAUCUACACGGAUACCACACCUCUGCGGGUUGCUUUGGUGACUGGACAGAAGUCACUGGCCAAGGAGCAGGAGAGCCUUGUCCAGAAGACGGUAGAUGGUUACCGAUGCCUGGCUGAUAUUGUGGUGGCCACACCUGGCCGCCUGGUGGACCACAUUGACCAGACCCCAGGAUUCAGCCUCCAGCAGCUCCGCUUCCUGAUCAUUGAUGAGGCUGACCGGAUGAUAGACAGCAUGCACCAGUCCUGGCUGCCCAGAGUGGUGGCAGCAGCCUUCCACAGUGCAGGCCCCUCAGGCUCCUGUCCCCUACUCCAGAGGACACAGCCCCAGGCUGUGACUGCUGCCAGCACUUGCUCUCCCCAGAUGCCACUACAGAAGUUACUGUUCUCAGCCACACUUACCCAGAACCCUGAGAAACUGCAGCGACUUGGCCUCUACCAGCCAAGGCUUUUUUCCACAAAGCUGGGACACAGUGGCCCUAAAGACACAGUUGAGAUGGAUGGAAACUUUGGAGGGAAGUACACCUUCCCUGUGGGGCUCACGCACCACUAUGUACCCUGUAAACUCAGCUCGAAGCCACUUAUUGUUUUACACCUGGUCCUUGGGAUGAACUUCUCAAGGGCCCUUUGCUUCACUAACUCUCGAGAGAAUUCCCACAGGCUCUUCCUGUUAAUACAAGCUUUUGGGGGUGUGAGUGUGGCUGAAUUCUCCUCCCGCUAUGGACCUGGCCAAAGGAAAAAAAUCUUGAAGCAGUUUGAACAGGGAAAGAUCCAGCUCCUUAUCAGUACAGAUGCUACUGCUCGAGGCAUCGACGUGCAGGGUGUGGAGCUGGUGAUCAACUAUGAUGCCCCCCAGUACCUACGAACUUACGUGCAUAGGGUUGGGAGAACAGCUCGAGCUGGAAAAACAGGCCAGGCCUUCACACUUCUCCUGAAAGUGCAGGAAAGGAAGUUCCUCCAGAUGGUAUCAGAAGCUGGGGUGCCUGAGGUGGCACACCAUGAGAUCCCCAGGGAGCUCCUGCAGCCCCUGGUCCCUCAUUACGAGAUGGCCUUGUCUCAGCUGGAGAAGAUUGUCAAGGAAGAGCAAAAGCUGAAGAUGGCCUAGAUGGGAGCAAAAGCCCAGAGGAAUAUCCUGCUGAAAUGAAUGUUGUGUUUAAGCAAAAGAUACGGUUCCUUGGGGUUCCACUAGAAACCCUUCCCUUCAAGCACCAUGGUCAUCUUGGGCUAGGCAGCCUAGAUGUUGGCUUGGUCCUGAAAAGUAAUGGCCCUUGGUUUGCACUGCUGGGGUCCAACUGUCUUUGGAAAUAAGCUCAGGUAACGCUGAAGGGUGCCUUCUGGAAUGUGAGGAGAAACUAUGGUCAGCCUUAUGGUGACAGCAGAUUAAAGUGUGCCUAGCAUUAGCAUUUCAUGUCUACAGAGAGACUAUGGUGAGCCUGUCCCAGACAAGUCACUGAAGUCCAGGAAUAGGUUGGUUUAAGAUGUUUCCAUGGCUGCUAGCCUUCAAGAUGGUACCCACAUAAGCAUGAAGUAAAUUACAAGAGAGUGCUUACCUGAACAUAGUCAAAGAGACUGUGCUUUUUGUAAAAAAUUAAAUAAGUAAAAAGAAAAAUCUAUAGUAUUAAGAUAAACUGUUUUCAUUUAUAUUAAAAAAAAUGGAUAACUUGAACUCAUGCCAAUUUCCUGAUAGCUUCAACACGCUAAUACCCCUCUAAUUCAGGACACCUAAGCUAGCUCAAGAAAGCAACACAGGCCACUGGAUGCUCAUGAGAUUAAUUUAGAAUCUGCUAGCAGCUAGUCUGAGAGUCAGGCUUCCAUUUUAAUGUUGACAUUACUAAUGCUUUGAUUUUUUUUUUUAAUUUAACUUUAUUUUAUGUGCAUUGGUGUGAAGGUGUCAGAUCUCGUGGAACUGCAUUUUCAGACAGUUGUGAGCUGCCAUGUGGGUGCUGGGAAUUGAACCCGGGUCCUCUGGAAGAGCAGUCAGCGCUCUUAACAGCUGAGCCAUCUCUCCAGCCUCUGCUUUGAACAUCUUAUACAAUGAAAUGAAACUCUCCUCCACUCAUCUCCACACCCACCUAAGUCCGAAGUUUUUUGUUGUUCUUUUUAAACCUACUGAAUUGAUUUUGUUGUUUACUCAAAAGUGCCUACAAGGGCUCACAGGACAAAGAAAACUGACUUCCAGUAGUUCUUCCUCAGCUACUGGUAGAAUAGUGCAUGCUGUCAUAUUGUUCUCUUGUGUCUGGAAAAAAGCUUUCCUUUAAAUUAUGCACCACCUUAUUCUGCCUCCAUGUAUGCCUGAGGUCACCAAAUCUCACUAUAAAUGGCUGUGAGACACAAUGUGAUUGCCGGGAAUAGAACUCAGGACCUCUGGAAGAGCAGCCAGUGCUCUUAAUCUCUGAGCCCACCUCUGGCUCUUAACUUUUCUCUGUACCCUCUUCCUUGAAGAUCUCUGAGCCUUGGAGAGAGGUAUGGAAUGUCCCCUUUAGGGCCCAACACUCCACACGGUCUCUUACUUUGUACCAGUUGAGCAGCUGCCAUCUACUGCAGUCAGCUUUUAUGAUGAGAGCUGAGAGGUACACUUAAUCUAUGGGUAUGGGGAUAUCAUCAAAAGUCAUUUUAACAGUAUGCUCAUUAACAGAAUAUAGUAUUUGUUUUUCGAGCCCAUAACCUGUCUAACCACAGGUUCUUGGCCCCAUUAACAGUACCUAAUAUGGGUUCUAUCACAUGGGGCAGGCCUUUGAUCCAGUCAGAAAGUGGGGGGGGGGGGGGCUAGAGAUUAGUAAUUGAGCAUUUUCUGUGAUGCAGAGGUUUGGUUUCUAGUACCUACAUGAUAGCUGCCUGCGAUUCCAGUUAAAGAAGCUCUGAUGCCCUCCAAGGACACCAGACACACACAUGGCAAACAGACAGAAGGGGAAAAAAAAGUAAGAAACUGCGUUUAAGAAAGCAGUUGGUGCCUGGCCUGGGGAAACACACCUUUAAUCCCAGCACGUGGGAGGCUAGACCAAGGGCAUCUCUGAAUUUAAGGCCAGCCUGGUCUACAGAGCCAAGUUCCAGGACAGCCAGGGCUACACAGAGAAGCCUGUCCUUUUUUUUUUUUUUUCCUGCAAGAACACUCCAUAUAAUAACAUGGAAAGCCUGUCCUUUUUUAAAACAGUUGCCACUAUCACACUACCAGUGAGCCAUCUUGCCAGACUAGUCAUUGUGCUCACAGGAUUCCAGUAAGGAAGCAGCAUCAAGGUUGAGUAUAAGCUUUAAGUGUGUGGCAUCUUGUCUUAUGUCAAGUUCUGUUCUGAAGGGUAACCCAAGAACAUUGGCAAUGGUCUGCAGUGUUUGGGGGUCCUCAAAAGGGGAACCCAUUCCUGGUUCAGGGGUUAUUUGCUAGCAUGUGUUAUCUAGUUGUGAUUUUGAGCUUCCCCCGCCCCAACAUAGAAUAACUUCAUUUAAACUAGUAUGUAUAUAUCAGAAUGUGUCUAUAGAAGGUUUCCAAAGUAUUAUUGGUGACAGUGUUAAUACAUCUUGAAGUUACUUAAGACUGCUAUCCUACCUACAGGCAUACACACAGACAAUAUUGUAUACAUAAUAAAUAAAUAAAUAUCUUUAGGGCUGGAGAGAUGGCUCAGAGGUUAAGACUGCUAUCCUACUGUGUGUCAAACUGUUUUACUGUAAUCUUAGGUACUCUUCAUGCCCUGACCCAGAUAAUGCACAUGUAUCUUUUUUUUUUUUUUUAAAGCAGCAAA